AUGGCUAAACAAAGUAGCAACGAACUGGCCACGACCACCGCAGCCGGGAGGGUGCCGGCGCCAGCCUUGGAUAUGUCGUCAGCAAGGAAACCCUCCGACCAGGUGGCGGUGCUUUGGCAAUGUUGUCGUGGUUUUUGCGUGAACACCAAUAUUAGCCCUUUUAAUUGUGGGAGGUGUGGAAAUAGGUGCCCCUUUGGUGUGCUUUGCUUGUAUGGCCUGUGUGGCUAUGCUCAACCGACCUUGCCUCCAUGGCCUUGUCCUCCAUGGCCUCCAUUCCCCUUUCCUCCUAAGCGACCAUGGCCUCCACGACCUCAGCCACCCCCAAUUAUGGAGUAG